CACUGGGGCCGCGCCGCGCCGCGCCGCGCCGGGAGCUGCUGCCGGAGCCGGCGCCCGCCAUGGGCACGGGGCGCGAGGGGAUGCGCUGCAUCAAGAUCCUGCUCUUCAUCUUCAACCUGACCUUCUGGCUGGCAGGAUUGGCUGUCAUUGCCUUUGGUCUGUGGCUGCGGUUUGGUGGGGUUAUGGCAGAGUUUGCUUCAGACAAAAGAUCUCCAGAGUAUUUCUUCAUGGGACUCUACGUAUUGGUGGGAGCAGGGGCUCUGAUGACCACAGUUGGAUUUUUUGGGUGCUGUGGAGCAGCGCGGGAGUCUCAGUGCUUACUAGGAGCAUUUUUUGCUUGCUUAUUGGUGAUAUUUGCUGCUGAGGUCACUGCUGGAGUAUUUGCCUUUAUAGGCAAGAAAGGGGCAAUACAGGAAGCCCAGAAAAUAUAUGAAGACAUUUAUGAUGACUAUAUGAAAAACCCAGAAAAGGUCAACGGGACUAUCUAUCACUACCACUCAGCUCUCCAAUGCUGCGGUAAAGAUAGUAUGGAACAACAAAUGGGAUUACCCUGUCCAGAAAACAUCCAGAUGCCAAAGAACUGCCUGGUUGAAAUCCAGAAUGUAAUUGAUGCUAAUCUGCAUUUAGUUGGAAUUGUUGGAAUCGCAAUUGCUGGCAUCACAAUCUUUGGCAUGAUAUUCAGCAUGGUUCUCUGCUGUGCGAUCCGUAAUACAAGAGACAUGAUCUAAAAUUCUCGCUGCACAACUAUGUCCCAGGAGUCCCACACUAAACUUUACAAGAAGCGCUCUUCUACCCAACUUAAUAAUUGUAAUACAUUUUAAUUAGUGUUUUAACAUACUGAGAAGAAAAUAUCCCAUUAGGUGAGCCGGUGAAUUGCAUUAGUUAUAGGAAAACUGAAAUGAACAAAAAAGGGGUUUUAAAUGUCCUUUUUAAUGAAAAAAAACAAAGAUGGCAUCUAAGACUAAUUUGAUUUUUAAUGUUUGUAUACGUGCAAUUAGGAGUUUACACAUCUAUAGACAUUGUGUAAGCACAUACAUAUCUCUCCUUACAGAUACAUAUGCACAUGAGCAGGUAUCUGUCUAUUCAAUACCUUGUUUAGGUAAGUAUGUGCAAAUGGGAUACAUGGUAUGUGCACAUGUAUGCAAGCAUAUUCUUCCAGGGCCUCACUAUGCCAGAGUGUGCACACAACCAAAAGCUUACACAGCUUGAAACCCUUUCAUACUGAGCCCUGUUGCCAAGAAUUAGCAUAGAACAAAUGCCAUUUUUAAAAAUAAUACCCAUGAUCCAUUUUGUAACUAUUCUUUCCAAAGUCCAAGGAGAAUAGAAUUAAUAAAAUUGGACUUCAUUAAAAAAAACGUAAUGUCUAAGGGCCUGCUCCUGCAAACUUGUAUUCAUGUAAGUAGACCUGUUGACUCCACUGUCAUACACAGCCUGGAUUUUUUUUUUUCUUUUUUUAAAAAAAGGACUGUAACCUUCAUGCAGAUGCAGAAAGCUCUGGAGGAGAAACAUGCCCAAGGGCCUCCAGGCUAAAUGAAGAGGGGGAAAGAGGAGAAAAGCUGGCAAGAUACACAGUCAUUUGUGAGCAAUCGCAGUGCAAAAUGUGCUUAAGCUUCCCAAGCUAGCCUGAGACAAAAAUCAGUGAGUUAAAGGGGCCACUAAAAUUUUUAUUCAGCUGUCCCUUUAUCCUGCAAAGCUCCCUAUAUGGCACAUAUGCUAGUGCAGGAGUGGAGCCUGUCUCCAGAAAAGCAGCAGCUUUGUCAGAUACCCCGUGGAAUCUGACUAACUGGUCCAUAGCAGCCAGCUAAAGAGUGAAAAUUGUCAGGGAAAUGUCAGGGAAAGACAUGUAGCACUUUAAUAUCCUCUGUUUCUGCUUCUGUGACUAUCACAGCUUCCAUGGGGCUCUUACCUCAACCUCUCACCCUUUCUUGUGGGUAUAAGGCAGAAAAGGUAGGUAGGACAUUUUUACAGAGCCAUAAAAUAAAUUUUCAUACUGGCAGUUAUACAUUGCAUGGUGGAUAUAAAAAUUACAUUGUAUUCUUGAAAUACCUCAGGGCUUGCGUUUACAUAGGGUUUUUUAUAUUUUUAUUUUUCUAUCUUUCAUAUUUAUUCAUAUGAGAAUGUUCCUUUUAAAACAGCCUAGAAAGGUUCUCCCCAGAAGGGGAAAAUAAAUUACAUCAAGGGCUCAGAAUCUCCUAAUUUUUGGCUUUUUUCCAGGUAAUUCACCAUUUCAGGGAAUAAUUUUCCCCAAGCAGAUGUUUUCACAAAGUGAGUCUGUGCUAGUAAUGUCCACAUAGCUGCUAUGUCUCUUAUUAUUACUAAUUCAGAUUUCUGAUGCAGUUGUGAUUAGAUUCUCUUAUGUUCCAUAUUAAGAGAGUAGGUAUGUUGGGGAAGAGUUUAACUAAAUUAUACAUCUCAGUGAAAUGGUCCAUGACUUCUAACAGGACUGUGCAUUUACAAGUCAUGGAGUCUUUACUCCACUGAAACAUAAUGGAAGAAAUGGGACUUCAGAAAAUGUGUCCAUUCCAGUGCACAUGUCUGUAUGGAAUAUACAUCCCUUGUGAUGUUCAUCUCUCCUGUUCCCAAAGAAACUCAAACUCCUAUCACUUUUCUGUUAUUCAGCAUUGGAAAGUGUGCUGCUGUUUCAUGUUUCUGACUUAAUUGACACCUCUUGCUUUCUUUUACAUGGAUCUUCUUUCUCUUUGCAAGUUGUUCAACCACAAACUGUGACUAUCCAGUAACAGCGAGACAGCUGUGCACUAAAUGCAAGAGCAGCUGCAUAUGCAGGAGGCACUGCCAAGUGCACAAUUUCCAGGCUUAGCUUCAGGUCCCCAGCUGAAAGGGAGACAGUAUAUCAUGCACCACCAAAGAAGAGUUAGAUUUGCAUCCCUCCGUUCACAGCUGAUGAGCUACAGAUGUUAUGUAAAGGUAGGGCCUGGGAUCUUACUCUGCAAGCAUCAGACCAGGAAAUCUGGCCCUGAUCAGCUGUCCGCUCCUAUGACAGUCUCAGUUGGGAAAAUGACACUGGCGGCAAAUCCUUGGGGGUUUCGAGCUCACACUAGGACAUAAGUUUCUCACAGCAGAUAACUACUGAGCAAUUUCCUGGGUCCCAGAGACACUUGAGACUGUCGCUAAAACCGAUUCUGCCCUAAACAAUAAAUGGGGUAGUGUUCAAUUGGGGUGUUUUCUCCCACAACUGACAGAAAGUAGAAACCUGUGUACAAUAGCACCUGCAUCAUUUUUGCCAUUCAGAGCAAGGCAGCUUUCCAGGACAGCAGGUAAAGAUAGUGCAAUAGGCAGGCGUAUGGUUCAGGUUCCAAGAUAACUGCCCUAAAAGGGCAGAAAGGUUUUGUAGAUUCUCAAACAUGCACAGACCCCAGACGUAAUGGCAGUAUUUUUUUAAACAUGUCUACGCAUACCAUUAGGUUUUAAUUCCUCAAGUAUGUAGCAUCAGAAAGUAAUGAGAUGACCACGGGUUGCUUCUUUACACGCUUACUGUUUCUGUCCGCUCCUGCUUUUGAGAUGCACUGAAUACAAAGGCUGUUUGCAGAAAUUUCUCUUGCUUCCCUUCUCCAACCCCCAGAAGAACAAAAACAUCUAAGUGCCUUUUGAAAACAGGGAAAAGUAGUAGUUAGGAAGAAUUUUACUAUAAAUCCAAACUUGAGCAACCUACUUUCUACUGAAGAUUUUUUUUCCUGAACAGUGCAUUUGUUUUUCUGAGCAUAAUUGUUGCUUGUACUCUGGGUUUUCCUGCUAUUUGGGUAUAUGGGUAUCUGCACUGCAUAUCAGGAACAGAAUAAUACCAGUUACUGGUUUAGUUCUCUGGAUUACUGGUAUAUAUUAAGCUGGAAACCAACAUGUUAGGCAUCUACUAGUACCUUGAACAGAAAUAUAGCCUGUUUUAUUGUUUCAUGCUGUUGUAAGGCACAUAAGGUACUGGCAGUACUGUUUAGCCGUUUUCUCUACGUGAUCUUAGUAUUUGAAGGUCUUUUUUUAAACUCAUCCAGGAACAGAAAAUUUUCCCCAUCAUAACUGUAAGAAUUCUUCCCCGUUGCUUUAAGAUCACAGAUAGUUAACAACUCAUUCGAAUUUUCAUAAACGAGCCUGAGUAGCCUUAUUUAAUGGUCAGGUGUCACAGAGUGGGUUAUGGCUAUCAAAACUGGAUAUAGAGUGAUCACGGUUUAUUGUGCUGGUGCUCAUUUGUUUCAACUCUGAUACUGCAAAAAUGUUUGGGUUUUGCCAGCAAUACAGAACCAUUUCCAAGAAACUAUUCCACGGGUGUUCAGUAAGAAAGCUAUUCAAAGGUAACUAAAUGCAAACCAGGAUGUAAACUCCCUCAAAUACAGUUCAUGCUCCAGAUGGAUUUAAUUCAGAUGUUAGUAUUUAAUUAGCAAACUCAUGCCCUCCAAUACAUGCAUGCUCCAGAUACACAGUAACUGCCAUAUAAGUCAGAAGUACCCACUUAGUCUUGUCCCUAGUACCUGUUUCAGAGGAAAGGGACCCAAACCGUCCAAGGGACAAUUAUGGAAAAGCAGCAUACACAUUUUCUUCUUAGCCUGUCAACCAAUUUGUUCUAAAGAUAACGAUGUAAAUAGCUAAUGCCUGUAUUAUCUCCUUAACAUCAUUAUUCCUGUUUUCUUUGUCUAGUUUUUCCCGAGUAAUUGAUUUCAGUGGGAGCUUCAUUUGUUACAGGAAAACCUCAGCCAGUUUUGAUAUCCUGCAGAGACUGAACAGGAACUGAUGGAGCGCAGCUCUGUAAUAUCCCUACACUCAUAUUUCUCUUUUAUUUAGCCUGACAGCUCUAGUUUUGUAGCAAAAUAUAUUGAAAAUGAAAAAGAAACCGAGUUAUCUUAAGCCUUCAAAUGCUAUCUUUUACAGCCUUUGGAAACUAGCGAUUAACAGUGUCAGACACUGUUCAUAGAAAAUAAACCUAAGUAAUGCUUGUCAAUCUUACUUCCUCCUCUGUUGGUGCUCUGCCCAUGCCAAUCAUCUGCAAUACACAAACCGUUUCCAUUACAGCAUUCUCGUUGCUAUAGCACAAGUUCUGA